UGGGUCUUGCGACGCGGUAUCUGAUCCCCUUCGUGGAGGAUCACCUACUGCAGAUCUUGCUCUCUUGUCUCGUCGUCGCGGGGAUCCACCGACUACUACGACGCAUGCGCACUCGAGACCCGCGCGCAGACAUGGAUCCUCCGUCGGCGUCUGCAAGGGAGGCUGAAUCCAAAGCGGAGAAAGGGAGCAGAAAUGUAAUUGAAUCGGGAGGCGUCGGGGAUGUGGAUGACGAGGUGGAUGACGAGGUGGAUGACGAGGUGGAGAAAUCGAAGCUGGUGGACCCUCUGUUCCCUGAUGACUUGGACCACAUCCCUUACGCGCGACCAAGGUUGUCAGCAGAAGAGAGUAUUAAAAAAUCAAGGGAAUUUUAUGAACUGAUGAACACACGUCGCUCCGUCCGAUUCUUCAGCUCUGACCCCGUUCCGCGAGAGGUCAUUGAGAACGUUGUCAGAACGGCAGGAACGUCCCCCUCCGGCGCCCACACCGAGCCCUGGACCUUCGUCGUGGUGGGCGACCCCGAAGUCAAGCAGCGGGUUCGAGAGAUUGUGAAACCAGUGGGUAAAGGACCUGAAGGCACUGAAGACGUCGUGGGUGAAGGAUUACCUGACGACGGCCCCUUGGCUCAUCCUGGUGUUCAAGCAGACGUAUGGGAUGCUGCCUGACGGACGCAAGAGGAACCACUAUUACCACGAAAUCUCGACGGUGCUGUCGUGUGGCAUAAUGCUGUCGGCGAUACAUAACGCGGGUCUCGUCACCCUCACCUCGACGCCCCUCAACUGCGGCCCCGCCCUCAGAACCCUGCUGAACCGCCCGCCCAACGAGAAACUCCUCUUGCUCCUCCCUGUGGGCUUCCCUUCCGAGGACGCCACGGUGCCCGACCUCAAGCGAAAACCUCUGGAGGACAUUAUGGUUGAGGCAUGAGCAAGAGUUUUUAAUGGGGGUUUUAAGUGGUUUCUGUUUUGUGUGUGUGUGUGUUUUUUCUGUAUAUGUAAGGAUUUAUGUUUUUUUAAUGAGGCGAUUAUGCGGUAUAUGUGAUUUUUUUUAUAUAAGGUUUUAUCUUCUCUGAAGCUCUUUUGAGGUGUUUAUGAUUUUAUGCCUUUUGAAGAGGUUUCUUUUUUGUGAGGCUUUUAUGAGGUUUCUAUGAUUUUAUAAUGUUCUCAUAAAGUUUCUGUGAUUCUGUGAGUUUCUAUGAGGCACUUAUAAAUUUACUAUCAUAUUUUUCGUUUUAUGGAGGUUUAUGUCAGGAUGUGAAGGUAUGUGGGAUAAUGAGGUAUGAGGAACGCUACUAUGAGAUUAAAUGAGGUUUUGUGAGAACAAUGCAGGGAAUUUAAAAUGUCAGUCCGAAGUUUGAAUAAAGAAAUGUGUUCAA